AAAGUCAUGGAUCCAAAAAUAUUUUCUGACUCGAUACCGGUUGCGAAUUUCUCUAUUCAAGCAAACGUGUCAAGACGUCUUUACUUUCCUUUGUUCUGCGGCGUAGGAACAGUUGGUAUCAAUUUUACAGACAUCCCAUUACUACUACAAGAUGAAUCAUCACGAUUAUCAAAGUUAUUAUUCUCGGAAAUUUUCUUAUUAUUCGCAUUUAUCAAUUUCUCUAUAAUUUCUAUUUGAAUGAUGGUUUCGUUGAGAAGAUUGCGAGUUGUUACCAAGGUUUCAAUAAACGUAAUCAGGUCACUUGGUAUAUCAUGUACAGUAUAUGUAAAGCAUAAAGUUUAAUACACUUAAUAUAUGUGAUAUAUGGUUGAAUGAAUCCAGGUCUUCACAUUGAUAAUAUAAAUAGUCCCAGGAAUCUUUGCAAAACUUUGCUCUCAACACUAUUCCAAGCAAGAUGAAUAUUUUUUAUUUCGCUUCGCAAAUAAUCAAUAAUGUGAACAAUAUAUUGACAGAUAAACGUAGGUUCAGAUAUUGCUUUUCGAAUUGAUCAUCAUCCCAAAUGUUAU